UUCACACUAAAGGGUUCGGGGACAUUGCCAUCAGACCCUCAAUCCCUCUCGUGCCGUCCACGAAGGUGAAGCUCCAGCUCCCUUAGACCCCUGUUCCUUUUGCCACCUUCCGUCAUCAUCGUCGUCAAGUGCCUCUUCCUGCUCCAGACUCUCAGUCGUUGUGAGCUGUCUUUAAUAUCGUAUUGUCAGGAUCGGCCAGUUGAAUCAGUGGGUUGAGCUGCCUUCGCCCAUCGAUCGAAGAGAGUCCUUCCCUUAUCAACAAACCGUAUUAGACACAAGAACCCUGAAACAAAUAUCAAUGAUGGGCAAGGCUAAUGUAAGACCAGGAUCAAAAUCUGAGCGCAAAUUUGAAAAGAAGCUGGAAUUUUAUAGCAAGGUUAGAUCUGCUGUUUCUUCGUUGAGUGCUCAAAAGUCAAUUACGAAGAAGAAUAGAAAUCAACGAAGACGUGAGAAGAAAUUGAAGGCAUAUGACCUAUCUGCACUCUGCGAUUCCCUUCCUGAGUUGAAGGCACGGGGACAGCCAGCUUAUAAGGGUAACUUGAAACUAAAUUGCAAAUCUAGACAAAAGAUAUUAGUGAAGGAACAAGCACGGUUUUUGCAAAAUCUUAAUGAUCCUUCGUUCCAAACGGAUCCCCUAUCUGCUAUUCAUCAACAUUUGUUGAGUACUCAACCAGUAGUAGAGGAGCAACCCAAGAAAAAAGAGAACAAAAAUGGAUCCAUGAAGAGGAAAGAGAAGAAAUUGAAGGCUUUAGUUAGAUCACAGAAUAUGGAAAUGUCAUUUUAACACUGUAUUAUGAAGGUACCGUAGUGAUUUACUUUUUGAAUGAAAAUCAAAAUACUCUAUCAAUUUCAGUUUUUUUCUUUUUA